UGAUGGGAAUUGCGAGGAGUCCUGCUCCAGCUCCACAGGCCAGUUCCGGUGUAGCGUGGCUCCACUUCCUGUCACAAACCGGAAGUAAACAAACCAAUCGUGGUCCCGGUUGCUACGUACUUCUCUCCGCACGACGACGAUGCAGUCUUCAUUUCUUCAGGCCAACGAAGGUACGAUGAAGUGCGGCGCGAAAUGCUGUCAACCUCAAAAUGUCCCGUAUCUCACCAUCGGUAGCUUGUGUCUUAGUGUGGCCCCCCCCCAAUCCGUCAUGAAUGGUCCACCUUGAGUUGUCCCGCCUCAUUGUGACGCCAAAUAUAAAUGGGGGUCUCGGUGGAGGAGGUUAGGAAUACACAGCACUGUCAAUCUCAUCUGACUGAAGUUCUGGGAACGGAAGAAAUAUUGAAUUUAAAGAGGAGCAAGAUGGGAGACCCAAUCCAGUUAAAAGAUGAGGGAAACAACCAUUUCCAAGCAGGAGAUAUUGACAAGGCUAUCGAGUGUUACACCAAAGCAAUCAAUGUGUGUCAGGACAAGAAGGUGUUGGCAGUUAUUUACAGAAACAGAUCUGCGUGCUAUCUAAAACAGGAAAACUAUUCCAGUGCAGUCGCUGAUGCAUCCAAAGCUAUUGAUGUUGAUGCAGCUGACAUCAAAGCCUUGUACAGGCGCUGCCAAGCUCUGGAGAAGCUUGGAAAACUGGAUAUGGCCUUCAAAGAUGUACAAAGAUGUGCGACCAUUGAACCAAAGAACAAAACCUUCCUGGAGACUCUCCGCAGACUCGGGGCUGAAAUCCAGACUAAGCUCAAAACAACGUUUUCCACAGACUCAAGGGUACAGAACAUGUUCGAUAUUCUCCUUGAAGAAGAAAUGGAAAAGGACAAGAAGGAAAAGGCUGCCAACAACCUGAUCGUACUAUCCAGAGAGGAUGCAGGAGCAGAGAGAAUCUUCCAGAAUAAUGGCGUCCCUCUGCUUCUCAACAUGAUCGAGACGGGAAAACCAGAGAUGAUCCUCGCGGCUAUUCGUACUCUUUCGGGAAUGUGCACAGGACACAAAGCUCGGACAAUGGCCAUUAUUCACAUGGUGGGCAUUGAUAAAUUGUGCAGUAUUAUGGCACUCGACAAUGAGGAGAUUGCACUGGCAACAUGCAAUCUCUUCCAAUGCAUCAACGACUCCCUCACAGGCGAGGAUAAACGAGAAUAUGGGAAAGAAGAGUCCUUGGUUUUAGAUGCCUCUAAAGACCUGAAGACUAUUCUCCUAUCUUUGGUGGAGAUGGUUGGCAGUAAAAAGGUGUCCGGCCAUGGCCGAGACCAAGCGCUGAACCUCCUGAGCAAGAACGUCCCUCGCAAAGGAAGGAAAGAGCCCGACAACUCAAGGGCCCUCUUCACUGUUGAUCAUGGUCUGAAGAAGAUCCUCAAGGUGUGCGGUCAGGUUCCUGAACUGCCCGACCAGUUACCCUUGACUGAGAACACACAGCUGAUUGCCAGCGUGCUCCUCAACCGGCUCUACGAUGACCUCACGUGCGACCCAGAGAGAAACAACUUCAGGGAUAUUUGCGAUGAGUACAUAAAAGCCAAAAUCGACCCUAACGACAUGGACAAGACGAUACACGCCAUCAACGUGAUCUCCGGGUUGCUGCAAGGUCCGUUUGACGUUGGGAACGCCUUGGUCGGAAGGCAAGGCAUCAUGGAGAUGAUGGUGGCGCUGUGUGGCUCUGAACGUGAGGUGGACCAGAUGGUGGCAGUGGAGGCGCUUAUCCAUGCCUCGACAAAGAUGAGCCGCGCCAGCUUCAUCAUUACCAAUGGCGUGUCACUGCUUAAGGACAUCUAUAAGAAGACCAAAAAUGAGAAGAUUAAAAUGCGCUCGCUGGUGGGUCUCUGCAAGCUGGGCUCAGCAGGAGGUGAUGACUACAGCUUAAGACAAUUUGCUGAGGGCUCCACUGAGAAGUUAGCCAAGCAGUGCAGGAAGUGGCUUUGCAAUCCCCAAAUCGAUUCCAAAACAAGGAAAUGGGCUAUCGAGGGUUUGGCUUACCUAACGAACGAUGCUGAUGUCAAAGAUGACUUUGUUGAGGAUGAGCAAGCAUUGAAAGCCAUGUUUGAACUGGCCAAGUCUAAAGAUAAGACCAUCAUAUAUGCCGUGGCCUGCACCUUGGUCAACUGCACCAACACCUAUGAUAAGAAAGAGAUCAUCCCUGAGCUGGUACAGUUGGCAAAGUUCUCAAAACAGCACGUGCCUGAGCAGCACCCCAAGGAUAAGAAGGAUUUCAUUGAGAAGAGAGUGAAGAGGCUUCUCAAGGCUGGAGUCACAUCUGCUCUUGCUGUAAUGGUCAGAGCAGACAAUUCCAUCCUGACGGACGAGACCAAGGAGAUGCUCUCAAGGGUUUUCUUGGCAUUGUCGGAGGAUCCCAAAGAUCGUGGUACUAUUGUUGCCCAAGGUGGAGGAAAGGCUUUGAUCCCUCUGGCUCUGGAAGGGACAGAGCCCGGAAAAGGGAAGGCCGCUCACGCGCUUGCCAAAAUUGCAUCCAUUUCGAACCCAGAAAUCGCCUUUCCCGGCGAAAGAGUGUAUGAGGUGGUGAGGCCUUUAGUCAACCUCCUUCACACAGACAGAGAUGGAAUGCAAAAUUUCGAAGCUCUGCGAGGCCUCACCAACUUUGCCGGUUUCAGUGAAAAACUAAGGAUAAAGAUCGUGAAAGAGAAUGCGCUACCUGAUAUCGAAAGCUAUAUGUUUGAAGAACACGAGCAGAUCAGACAAGCUGCCACUGAAUGCAUCUGCAACCUUGUGACAUGUAAAGAUGUGCAAGAGCGCUACCUGGCGGACGGUAACGAUAAGCUGAAGCUGCUGGUACUACUUUGUGGGGAAGAUGAUGACAAGCUUCAGAUUGCUGCGGCUGGAGCACUGGCUAUGCUUACUGCUGCUCAGAAGAAGCUGUGCACUAAGAUGACUCUUGUGACCGUCCAGUGGCUGGAGAUCCUCCAGAGGUUGUGUCUACACAGCAACCCAAUGAUCCAGCACCGCGGCCUUGUGACCGUGUUCAACAUGUUCAACUCGGACGACGGUGAGCUGGCUAAGAAACUCAUCGAGAGUGAGCUGCUGGAAAUCAUGUCGGUGAUUGGCAAGGCAAAGGACAACCCCGAGAGGCAGGACGUCAUCGACGCGGCACGGUCAUGUCUGGUCAAAGCUCUGGAUCUGGGUCUCAUCAAACCCUUCUCCACCCCUUCUUAAACUUCGCCCGUAAACACAACAGCAAUAGACAUUCUUCCUUUUUUCAUUUCUUAUUUGUUUUCAACAUAUUUUUCCACAUUGAAGAAAUGACUGGAUGAUUGAGCUGGCUACAAAUAGAGGGUACAAGACGUUGAAACAUUUUUCACCUGCAAAAUAAUACUAACACCUGAUUUUGAUUUGGAUUUUGAUUUUAACAUGUGGUUCUUUUGGGUCAUGGAGAAAUUCAGGAUAUAGAUUUGAACUUGUUUUGCAUUGUGAAUGUACGAGUUCCAUCAACAAAGAAUCUCUUGUUUGAGAAUAAUCUGUUUUAAUGGGUUUACAUCAUGUUCAAUCCCAUUACCUGUUUGCUUAUGUGACAAAACUACGACUACAUGUGACAAUUUUAAGGUUUGUGCAUAACAAAGAUUUAAAAAAAAAAAGAAAAAAAAGAAGAGUUUUCA